AUGGGUCGGACGGUCGACCAGGAGGUUCACGCGGCGUUUGUCGAGUUCCGCGCCAAGGAAGACGAUAAGUGCCUUUCCGUCCAGUGUAUCUACUGUCAACAGAUUCGCGCAAAGAACACCUCGCGUCAGAAACAGCAUCUGCUCGAGUGUCCCGGUCUCCGUGGUCAUCCCAGUGCGCCUCAGCCGCAGUCCCAGUCUGCCCAAUCCGCCGCCAACGGUAUCAGCGCUGCAAAUGGUUAUCCCCCAACGCCAAAUGGACCUGCCGCCGCCGCCGCCGCAGGUGCUGGCCCUGGCCCCGGGGCUGCGAUGCCCACCGCUAACGGUGCCAUGAUGUCGAACGGUGUCAAUCCCCAUGCCACGCCGAUGCAGACCCCGAUGAACAUGACUGCCGGCCGUGGUACCCUGUCCACGCCUGGUGGCCCGCCUACCGCUGGCCCCGGUUCGUCCUCCGGCACCCCCCAGCAAGGUUCACGUCCGACUCCCAAGCCCAAGCCGAAAACGUCUGCUUCGAGUCUUCCGGCGCCGCCGUUGGAUGAUGUUCAUGCCGCCUUUGUCGAGUUCCGUGCCAAGGAGGAAGACAAGGUAAGAAGAGGCUAUGGUUAUGGUUGGGAGUUCAGUAAUUUGACCGGGGAAUCACAGUGUCUGUCCGUCCAAUGCAUCUACUGUCAGCAGGUUCGCGCGAAGAACACCAGCAGGCAACGUCAGCACUUGCUUGAAUGUCCCACCUACCUCAGCGUUAUGAAAGAUUCGAUCCCGGCCAACAACCUACUCCAUACCUUCCCCGAGGGUGACGUCGCUCGGUCGCUACAGAUUCCCGCUCCGUCUCUCGAAUUGGACUUCCGGAUGAGCAUCAAGAUGAACCCUCGGGUUUCGGUGGGACAGAGCUUGUGGGGCCAAAGGGAUUGGGUUUCUUUCCUUGGUGGUCAGUGGGCUGGUCGAUGGGGGAAGGGUAUUAUCCUGCCUGGAGGGCAAGAUUCCCAAAUCAUCACCAAAGAUUCCGUGACGAGUCUCCGAGCGACCUACAUGCUUCAAACUGCGGACGAUCCGCCGGCGUAUAUCAUUGUGAAGACAAAUGGGUGGUUAACGGGCUCUAAGGAUGUACUUGAUAAGGUUAAUGACCCAAAUAUGGCGGACGCUGUUAACCCUAACACCUAUAAGUAUCGCGUGAACCUCUCUAUGGAGACCGGAGACGACCGUUACGCUUUCUUGAACACCCUGAUGUGGAUCGGCAGCGGUUGCCGCAGAGGUCAUGAAGUUAUUUUGGAUUGUUUCCGCGUCAACUAGUUUCGCUACGUCAUUGCAGCAUGUUUUUGUCCGGUUUUUAAGCGAGUGAUAUUCGUCGUUUAUGGGAAAAUUGGGUUGUUCUUUAUUAUUCCAUCCCUCGAGAUUUCUUAGGUAUAUGUGGUACGCCUUAAGUUGAUUUUUUUCUUUUGUUCUACAGCAACCCUGCCCAUUUGCCCUUGUCCCGUUCUUUUGCCUGGGUUAUGAGUCCA